ACCCUCGACACCCUCGCGAUCAGUGCAUCCUCAUAAUAUCUAUGGGAUAAAUAAGCUGAAGCUGUGUACUUUCCAAUAUGGCUGUCCAUCUACACCGUUGGCCUUGAAGGUCCCUUCGCCUCCACAAUCCCCACCGGACGACAGUCUCCCGGACAGCUCAACAAUAAGAAUGGCAACCACCUUGUGCCAGAUAUCAACACCAAUUCCUCUCUCUAUCCGUUGCCAUGGAACCAAUUUACAGAUCCCUCACUGAAAGAGCACUAUCGUUGAAAGAUCGGCUCGAUAAUGGCUCUCCAGGCCAACACCGCAUUGUGGUUGUGCUCGCCGGUCCACCUGGCUCCGGGAAGUCCACAAUUGCAGCAAAGGUCGUGCAGCGCUUGAACGCAACAUCCACGACCCCCUUUGCUGCUCUCAUUCCAAUGGAUGGUUUCCACCUGCCACGCUCCGCUCUCGACCUCCUUCCCAACCGCGCAGAAGCCUACGCCCGUCGCGGGGCCUCCUGGACCUUCGACUCCAACGGCAUCCUGGACCUCGUCCACUCCCUCUCCGAAUCUCGCUUCGAGCCCUCUUCCGAAACUAUACUUGCUCCAUCCUUCGAUCACGCGCUGAAAGAUCCUGUGGAGGAUGGCAUACGGAUUGCACCUGAUAUAGGGUUCGUGCUGUUGGAGGGCAAUUAUCUGCUACUGGAUGAAGAGCCAUGGUGCCGGAUCGAGGGGCUGGUGGAUGACAGUUGGUUCGUGGAUGUCGAGGAGAGGUUAGCGAGGGGAAGGAUUGCGAAGAGACACGUCAAGAGUGGGAUUGAGACGAGCUUGGAGGCGGCGGUGAGGAGGGCGGAAGGGAAUGAUUUGGUGAACGGGAGAAUCAUUAGGCAGAAGUUGGUGAGGCCCGCUGUUGCCGUGCAGAGCGUUGAGGAAUGAAUGUUGCCAUUUCAAUCUCCAGAAGUCAUGUCAAUGCUUUUUGCGGAAUGCCUUGAUUUCUUUGAAUCCGGGUAAAAUGAAAUGGCCUUUGCGUCAAAACCAGGAGCAAUUUGGUGGCCUUGUCCGAGACAAAAGUUUGUUAUUAUAUCUGGUCUGUCGUUGCGGUAGUCUUUGGUCGAAGAUUCGGGGUAGUUCCCUCCGAUGUCAUUCUACCUUUCCUCUCCAUGUUGUAUGCGUGACACCCGCCU